GACCCGGAGCUAUAGCAAAAAAUACUCGCAACAGGACUGAACCCGAAACCUCGUGGUUGCAAAGCAAAUGUUUUGACUUCACAAUCAUUAAUUUUUAUUCAAGUUCGUGAUGAAUCUUGGGGUGCAGCGGUUGAUUAAAUGAUGCAACGUCUGAGCAAUUUCCCUUCCUACUUGUCGCCACCCGUGUGGGUGCAGUUGUUGUUUUCUCUGAAGUAAAACAUGCUUUCACGACUGAACAAUUCUAAAUGCACAAUCGACCGUGUUUUUCUUUUGGUUAAAAAUAGUAAACAUAUUUGAUAAUUACAUAAAGUAAUAUUGACUUGAAAUAAGAAGAAAAGAAAGAAGAAAAAAAUGAAUAGAAGGAAUGAAAUGGGUGGAAACGCUGAAUGAAGUUUAGGAAAGAAAGGGAAUGAAGAAGUGUGAGGGUCGUGGGUAGAUGUGUAAUUGGAGAGGGUUUGAAUGAUAAGAAAAACGUGAAACUAAACGCUUCCAUUUUAAUUGAUAAUGCGAAAGAGUAUGAAAAGAACGUAACUGCAAAAGAAUUACUUACGGGAAUAGACAGGCGACAGUCGUGAUGAUACUGAAAAAGUAGAAAGUACAGUUAAAUAAUGAAUAAGAAUAGCCAGCAGUCUUGACGAGUCUCCAUCUGCCCACCGUGUCUUACUCUCUGAUUGGGUGUGGUCGACGGCGCUGGUUUAUAAACAAAAGUAGCUGAAAUGUUAAAGAGAAGAAUAAACGGACAAAGACUUUCACGAAACGAGAAGCGAAGCAGAAGAAAAAAGUUUGAGAUUUUGACGGAGAAAUGCAGCAAAUCGAAUGGUUAUAAUAGAAACGCUUCCACUUCAGAGGAAAAUACUAAGAAAGGGAAACAGUGAGGUAAAUAUGGAAAGAAUGAAUUCAAAAGACCAACACGAUUGUAGAAAACCAAAUUAGAAUUGAAUUACGGGUGCCAAUAACAGACAAUGAGUGAGCGUUCUUGGGUAGAUUUUUUUGAAACUCGGGCAUUUUACGACUAUGAGGAAUUUACGUAUAAGUUACCGCUUCGAUAUUUCCGCGGCAGCAGGAAUAUCCGUUCUGUCAGCAUCGAUGACACCAGGCGAAGGAGACGGAGGAGACGGAGGGGAGCUGGAUGUGGUGGUUGCUGCUUAAAAGUGCUGCUCGCUUCUCUGGUGGUUUUCUUCCUGUUUUUUCUCGGUGCUGUGGCCUCCUUGUUCUUUCUCUCCAGCGAGAAAAACCUGGGUAAUUUAUUAAAUACAACUGAACCAGUGACAACAGCUUCGACGGAUGUUCCAACAGAAACUGAAAAAAUUAAAACAGAAACAACAACUUCUGUGCAGAAUACAAAAAGUUCUUCGAAAACAAACUCGGAAUCUUUUACCAAAAAACCGAAAACGACGCUUGGCACCACUCCGCAAUCUUUUCCGCCUUACACAAACAUAUCAAAUGUGAAAGAUCUAUCAACGGACACUUCUGCUUCGAAACGUGUUACAGAUAAACAUUCCGUUACUAACACAGAACCGGAAACCACAACGACCUCACCUCCGCAUCAAUAUUCUACUUUAUCUGACGGUUCCAUUGAUGCCGAUGGAAGUGGAAUGGCUGAAGACCCUAUUAUAUAAAGUUGACCUUUUGGGGCUCAAAAAACAAGUAAGAUUUGACAUUUUGUGAAGAAUUAUUGGAUUGACACUGCAAUCAAGAAGGGAAAAUAUGAAGCAUCUCUUCAACGGUGAAUAAAAGGAAAGAAAAAUUAGAAGCUGAGGUCACUUCCCUGUUCUCACAGAUUGGUAAAAAGCUCAGUGGAAACGGUUUCUUGAAAGGUUUAACCAUUCCAUAGAAUGUCGGAGCAAAGUGAAGGAGUGAUACGUCAUGACUUCAAGAGAUGCUGAAUAUCCAGUGUUUGUGCAAUAUACCAUAAAUGAUGGCUUUUAAGACACUUUUUUUUUUCUUUCAUAAAAAUGUCUCAGAAAUCACCCCCGGGUCUUAUAUGCGAAAGUGGGUCUCCCAAAAACUUAUUUUGUCCCUGACACUCACUACUAUAGACUAAUUUUAAUCCAGAUGGUCCCUUCUACCAAGUCUGACCCCUUAAUAAUAUUUAGUUAAAAAUUAUUGUUAUUGUUCCUAAUGAAGGAGGGGGGUGUGAGCUGGUAGAAUAAUUCUCAGCUCACCAGACAAAAUGCUUACCGACUUUUCUUUUGGCUUUAUGUUUAAAUUCUGCCGAGGUAGACUUUGCCUUUCAUUCUUUCGGAGCCAAUAAGAUAAGUAUCAACUAACCUCCCUCCUGAAAAAUUCCAGGCCUUGUGCCUAUAAUAGAAAGGAUUAUUAUUAUCAUUAAGGUGGCAACCCGGUAGAAUUGUUGGCAGGCCAGGAAAACUGCUCAGCAGUUUUUCAUCCAUCUUUACAUUCUGAGUUCAAAUUCUGCUGAGGUCAACUUUACCUUUCGUCUUUUCGGUGUCAAUAAACUAAGUACCAGUUGCGUACUGGGAUCGAUCUAAUUAAUUUACUCCUCCCUUGAAAUUUCUGGCCUUGUGCCAAAAUUUGAAACCAUUAUUAUCAUCAACAAUACUUGCACAGUAAAAGGAAUUCUUAUAACAAUGGACCGGUGAUGUUUGCUCACAACAGUUGAUCCUUUUUGAUUGCUGUAAUCAUGUAGAAUAUAUUUGCUGUCUUGCUUUAUACAUUAUUUACAUUCAACGGAUAUUUGUCCUCAUCUUGUUUGCUGUCAAUACAACAUUUUGGCUGAUAUACCCUCCAGCCUUCAUCAGGUGUCUUGG